ACUAAUUCACAGUCAAUCCAUCCACACGUGAUAAUAUUGUCAAUAGAGGUGAUCCACGCUGAGCGUUGGCAAGUCCCGACGUCGACAUGACAUGGGAGGACAAACAAUAAGUCUUCUCCUACGACAUUUCUCUAUGACUAUAGCUUUUGCUAUCGCCUGGGCUCCUAUAAGUAACAAGGCAUACAUCUCAUAUCCAUCUCAUCAAGGCUUUGGCCGCACGCAUACGCGCUAAGUCUGAGAUAGCAAGCCAAAGCACAAGCUCCCUCCCUCCAAAUUAAACCAGUCCCAUCCUUGCAAGCAUGAGGCCUCAGGUGCUGCUCCUCGCGUUGGCCGUCCUCGCCGUCCUCGCAGCUCUGCCCCUCGCACAUGGCCAAGGGGCGAGCCCGUGGCCUUGCUGCGACAAGUGCGGCGUGUGCACCAAGUCCAUUCCGCCACAGUGCAGGUGCCAGGACGUGUCGCCGACCGGGUGCAACACGGCCUGCAAGAGCUGCGUCAGGUCCACCGCUGGCUUCCAAUGCGCAGAUAGCAUCACCAACUUCUGCGAGCGCCGCUGCACAGCGGCGGCGUGAUUGCACGGCGGCUCAUGUCCUGUUGUUGCUUGCCUGAAUAAUGCUUGUGCCUUUACUUUUCUCUCCUCGUUCGGAGCUCCCUCUGCAUGCAUCUUGGUCUAGAUGGAUGCAGAGAAGAAAUUAGCGUUUGAUGCUUCCUUGUCGUUUUUUACUACGUCUGAAAUAAAUAAAGAGCAUAUUCUAUGCUCAAUAUUCUUCUUGAUUGAAUGUUCGGGGUUAAGUAUU